CUCUUCCCUGAUCCCUGGUGCCCAGAGAGUUAUAUCAACAUAUAGAUAUCCAUCACCCAACUCAUACACAUACAUAGAGAGAGAGUGUGUGUGUGUGUGAGAGAGAGAGAGAGGAAGAGAAUAAGAAAGAAAGCACGAAAGCAGGAAAGGAGGGAAAGAGGAAAAAAGAAAAGAGAGAGAACGAGAACGCGUGCUGACCUUCCAACGACAACUCCAAUUUCCAAUUCCAUCCACUCGCGAUGGCUGUCCUCGAGAAGUAUGACUGGAUCAUAGCCAUCAUCUCCAUCGCCUUCUGCGCGAGCUCCUUCGGUAACGGUGCCAACGAUGUCGCCAAUUCGUACGCGACCUCCGUCGCCGCCCGUACCCUCACCAUGCCGCAGGUCGGUGUCCUCUCCAUGAUCACAGAGUUCGUCGGCGCCGUCGCCCUCGGCUCUCGCGUCACCAAGACCAUCAAGAACGGCAUCAUCGACAUCAACCGCUUCAAUCCCGCUCCAGCUACCCUCAUCCUCGGCAUGGGCUGCGCUGAGGUCGGCAGCGCCUUCUGGCUCAUCACUGCCACCUCCCUGGGCUUCCCUGUCUCCACCACCCAGACCGUCGUCGGCGCCCUCAUCGGCGUCGGCUUCGCCUCUCAGGCCUCCAUCAAAUGGGAGUGGACCAGCGGCUCCGUUUCCCAGGUUGCUGCCUCCUGGGGUAUCGCUCCCGCCAUCGCCGCAGGCUUCUCCGCCAUCAUCUUCGCGACCAUCAAGUACUCCGUCCACAACCGCUCCGACUCCCUCAAGUGGGCACUCCGCAUGAUCCCCUUCUACCUCGCAUUCACUGCCGCCAUCCUCGCCCUCUUCAUCAUCGUCGAGAUCCCCAAUGGCCAGUCCUUCGAGGAGUUUGGCGUCGGCAAGAUGUGCGGCAUCAUCUUCGGUGUCUUCUUCGGCUGCCUCGCCAUCGCCUACACCUUCUUCCUCCCUUACUUCCACCGCCGUCUCGUCAAGGAGGACGCCCGUCUCCGCGCCAGACACAUCCCGCUCGGCCCACUCCUGUGGAAGGACGACCCCUGGAUCUACUGGCCCGCUCCCGCCGACGGCGACUGCGUCAUCGAUUACUAUGAGAGCUCCCACAACCGCACCGCGGACUCUCCCGACGACCUGAAGAAGGAGAACGGCGGUGACUCCUCCGAUGCCGCCAACGUCGAAAAGGGUCCCGUGGGCCCCGCCCAGAGCCCCCUGGCCGCAAAACAGCAUCUCGAGCCCGAUGAGCGUUUCCUCGCCCCCUACCGCCAUCUCCCCAUCUUCCAUCCGCUCCGCCUGUGGUCCUUUGUCAAGUACUUCUUGCUCCAGGGUGUCACCCGCGACUGCGUCACCCACGACUCCGACCGCCUCGCCGCAACCCACGCCCGCGCCGCCCGCUACGACAACAGGGUCGAGCACCUGUGGACCUACGCCCAGGUCGCCAGCGCCAUGGUCAUGUCCAUCGCUCACGGCUCCAACGACGUUGCCAACGCAGUAGGACCCUGGGUCGCCGCGUACGAGACCUAUCGCGCCGGUAUCGUCCAGACCAAGACCGAUACCCCAAUCUGGAUCCUCGUCAUCGCCGGUUUCCUCCUCGGUGCCGGUUUCUGGUUCUUCGGCUUCCACAUCAUCCGCGCUCUCGGCAACCGCAUCACCCAGAUGUCACCCACCCGUGGCUUCUCGAUGGAACUCGGAGCCGCCAUCACCGUCCUACUCGCAUCCCGCCUUGGUCUCCCCGUCAGCACCACCCAGUGUUUGACCGGUGCCACCGUCGGAACCGCCCUGAUGAACUACGAUCUCGGCGCCGUCAACUGGCGCCAGCUCCUCUGGAUCUUCGGCGGUUGGGUUCUAACUCUUCCAUGCGCCGGUCUGGUCUCCGGUAUCCUGAUGUUGAUGGCCUUGAACACGCCGCACUUUUAGCCUUGUGUUGACGCUUUCUUUUGUCAAGUCAUUUGUUCUAUCAGCAUGGAUAACUCAUUUCUAAUACCCCCCAUUUUCUUGUGUAUCUCCCCCAUGCCUUUUUUCUCCCAUGUGUAUUUUCUUAUUUCUUAUUUCUUCUUCUUUUUUAACUUUUUAUUUUUAUUUUUAUUAUUUUUUUUUUUUUUUUAUAAAAGAGAAAAUCGAAAAUCCUCGGUUCCUCUGUCAGGAUAGUCAAUUUCACUCCGUGUGCACUGACUGGCUGAUGGUUAUGGGAGACUCGAUCAUGUUGGAAAAAGUUGGGACGGCCAUUUUACAGGAGUUUCUUGUUGGUUCGAGAGCGAUCUUGCUGCUGUUUCUCCUCCGAUAUUGUCCGCCACCAGUAGCAUUCUUUAACUAGAUCAUACCCA